AUGAGCGCCAAACCCUCUCGCGAAGAUGUGCAGGCCGUCCCGCGCAGCCUGUUCAGCAUGCUCCCCAACAUCUACGUCCUGCGCCCCCCGCAGGGCAAGCACUCGCGCAAGACAGACGAGCGCUGCUUCAUCUACUGCGCGCAAUCCGUCGUCGGGCGCGUGAACCGCCAGACGCCGAGGUGCCGCUCGCUGUGCCUGCGCAAGGUGUUCGUGCACGAGGUGUACAAGGCCGUCGCCGUGCGCGAGGCGGAGGGGCGGCGCGAGGUCAUCCCGGUCAAGGCGCAGAUCCCGCUGCCGCAGGAGGGCCAGGACCCCGCGGCGUUCUUCUGGCCCGUCGGGGACGACGACGACGAGGGGGCGGGGGCGGGGACGGGCAAGGGGCGGGAGGCGAGGUGCUGGGACGCGGGGUGGUACCUGUGGUACAGCCGGAACCCGUGGGCGGCGCGCGAGAGGAUCAACGUGAUGGCGAUGCCGCUGCCUGUGCAGGCGACGUGGGAGGCGCACAAGAAGGGCGCGAAUGUCAAGCGCGCCAAGGGCGCGGGCGCGGGCGCGCUGGGGCAGGACGAGGCGCGGUGGAGCCAUGUCGGGCCGGGCAUGACCAGGGGAGGGCCGCUCUUCCCGGAUCUCGUAGGGGAGACGGUGCUCUUCCCCGUCGAGCUCCCGUCGUUCGAGCCGAUGCAGCGCAUGCUCACCAACGUGCUCGCACCCGCGGGCAGGACCCUCGCGCUCGUAGCCGACACCGCCAAGUCCGGCGCGUUCCUCCAGUUCUCGGCGCGCUGGUGGGAGAAGGCGACGGGCCCCGAGCCGUGGACGCUCGCGCGCAACUCUAUCGAGAAAGCGCGCGAGGUGCUGAAGAGCUGGGCCGACGAGGGCGACGAGGACGACAAGCGGAAAGGCCUGUGA